GUCUCUCUUUACAAUCUAACUUUCUACACUCUUUGACCCUGGUGGUUAUCCUCUCUUUAAAACUCUCACAAGAAAUCUUACCUCUUUUUUCACCAAAACAACAACCAAUCCAUCAAAAUGAAGUUCUCCAUCGUCUUCGCCGGCCUCUUCGCCUCCGCCACCAUGGCCUCUCCCCAGGGCAACAUCACCCCCAACACCAUGGGCGCCCUCGAGAGACGCGCCUCUUUCCCCAUCCCCGCCUCCAAGGGCUCCGUCACCUACAAGAAGGUCCAGACCAUCUCCGGCGUCUUCGACGGUGGCAUGAAGACCUACGGCCGCGGCGUCAAGUGCACUGGCCAGGCUGAGGGCGGUGACGCCGACGCUGUCUUCAUCCUCAAGAACGGCGCUACCCUCAAGAACGCCAUCAUUGGCGCUGAUCAGAUCGAGGGUGUUCACUGUGAGGGCUCUUGCACCAUUGAGAACGUCUGGUGGAAGAAGGUCUGCGAGGAUGCUCUCUCCCUCAAGGGUGACGGUAACGCUCUCAUCAAGGGCGGUGGUGCUACUGGUGCCGCUGACAAGGUUAUCCAGCACAACGGUCUUGGAACGGUCACCAUUGAUGGUUUCACCGUUGUUGACUUCGGUAAGCUCUACCGAUCUUGCGGUAACUGCAAGAAGAUGGGUACCCGCAACGUUGUCGUCAAGAACGUCAAGGCCUUCAACGGAAAGGUCCUCACUGGUAUCAACUCCAACAAGGGUGACGUUUCUACCAUCACUGGAACUUGCGCUUCUUCCGUCAAGGAGAUCUGCGUUGAGUUCGAGGGCACUGUUCCCGGCAAGGAGCCCAAGAAGCUUGGCUCUGGUCCCAGCAAGGCUUGCAAGUACUCUUCCGUCAAGUCUUGCUAAGCGCUUUACGAUUGAGUCCUCGAUGUUUACAUUGAGACAGUAAUACUGCGGAGGAUCGAUGGAUAUUGUAUAAGGGGUUAAUAGGGUGCUUGAAGCACCUCUUGUCGAGG